UCUAUUCGCAUUCAUACCCUAAAUACCACCGAAGAAGGCGUUCUUUUGUCGCGAGCAAGGCUUAACGCUCCCAACUGCCUAGGCUUGAAAUUUUUUAUUUUGGUGAAAGAACCUGUAACAUUAAUGUUUGGAGGACUACGAGGUUGCUAAUUAUUUGAAGAGUGACAAGGAAAGUUCAUGGUGAAGGACCCGGGAUUACACACACAGACGCAAACACAAACAAAAGAAAAAAAUAAUCUGAAUUUGCCAAAAACCAGACAUAAGUGCGUCGCCGAGCGCUAAGAUCGAAACGACUCUCGUGGCAGCAUGUCUCGCAGGAGAAGCCGCAGCGCAAGCCCCGCCCACCACACCACCAACAGCAAUGACCCCCGCGACUUGGAGAGGAGGAUUUUUGUGGGGAAUUUGCCGACGACCCUAAUGGACAGGAAGGACAUGGAGGAUCUGUUCAGUCCGUAUGGGAAGAUAAAUGCCCUGUCCAUGUUCCGUGGGUAUGGAUUUGUGCAGUUUGAACGAGCAGAGGAAGCGGAGGCUGCAAAGGCGGGACAAAACGGUCGCUUUUAUAGAGGUUAUAAACUAGAUGUAAAUAUGGCAGCGGAGCGACGACAGAGUAAAGCUCAUUCCCGGCAGAGCCCUCCACGAAGGAACCCGUACGGCGGGUAUGGCGAUGGGCGGGACGCGCGGACCCGCUCUCGCUCCCCCAUGCAUGGCAGGGAGUCCCGCGAUCACAGGGACGGCCGCGACAUGAGGGAGCCGGGUCGCGACAUGAGGGAGCCGGGUCGCGACAUGAGGGAGCCGGGUCGCGACAUGAGGGAGCCGGGUCGCGACAUGAGGGAGCCGGGCCGCGACAUGAGGGAGCCGGGUCGCGACAUGAGGGAGUCGAGUCGCGAGACUAGGGAGCCCAGCCGCGAGCCCAGGGGUGGGCACCCCCGCGAGCAUGUGCCGCGAGACCCCAACUUCGAUCGGUACCGAGGCCCCGAGGGCCGGGAGAAGGAUCCCAGAGGUGACCCCGCCUUCAGAGACGAGGGUUACGACCGGUACUACCGUGUGGACGAUUAUUACCGCAAAAAGGAGGAACCUUACCCGGACCGCUACAGGGAACCCUGGAACGGCCGGCGAGACCCUGAAGAGGAGCGGCCCAGGGUGGAGGAGCGCCGGCGGAACGAGCUGUACCGGCAGUACUACGAGGAGCUGCAGCGGCGCUACGACUCGGAGCGACCCGUCGACUGCUCCGUCAUCGUGGUCAACAAGCAGCAGAAGGAGUAUGCAGAGACGGUGGGGAGGAAGGUGCGGGACCUGGGCAUGGUGGUGGACCUGAUCUUCCUGAACACGGAGGUGUCCCUGACGCAGGCCCUGGAGGACGUGGGCCGGGCACGCACGCCCUUCGCCAUCAUCAUCACCCAGCAGCACCAGGUGCACCGCUCCUGCACCGUCAACAUCCUGUUCGGAACACCCCAAGAACAUCGGAACAUGCCCAUGCAGGACGCGAUGGUCCUGGUGGCCCACAACUACGACCUGUUCAAGGUCGAACACCGGGACAAGGAGCGCGAGGAGAUCGCCAGGAAGGCCGCCAAGAUGGCGGACGACGUGCUGAUGAGGGAGCACGAGAGGGAGGGCCACCCGAUCUCUCUACAACCCGCCAUCACCCUGCUGUCCGAGGGCAGGUACCUGACUAUGGAGGAGCUGGAUGGGCUGAUUGAGUAUCUGAGGGAUAAGAGAGAGCGUUUGGUGAGAAGCAGCGGUGACCCGCAUGCAGCAUCCCACAAUGCAGCUCCAGCAGCCCUCGAAGCUCCUCCUCCCGCCCAGACCCUUCCCAGCGUGCCCCUCUCCACACACCCCGCGCACACUGCACACCCCGCUCACACAGCACAUGCUGCGCACACCGCACACACAGCACAUGCUGCACACACCGCUCACACCGCUCACACAGCACAUGCUGCACACACUGCACACAACGUCCUCACUUCUCACGCAACACACGCAGCCCACUUACCCCCAGCCGUCGCUUCCACUGCAGCUGUGCCCUCCAACCACCAGCAGGAGCUGCAGGCCAAGAUCCUCAGUCUGUUCAACAGCGGCUCAGGCGCCUCUCCCGCCCCGGCCCAGGGUUACAACACCGCGGGCAGCCAGAUGGGCAGCCAGAUGGGCGGCCAGAUGGGCGGCCAGAUGGGCGGCCAGAUGGGCAGCCAGAUGGGGAGCCAGAUGGGCAGCCAGAUGGGGAGCCAGAUGGGCAGCCAGACGGCCAGCCACCCCUCCGCCCUCGCCCCCUCCUCCACCAUGACCAAAAUGCCCCCCCAGUCCGCCGCCCAGGGGCCCGGCAUGAUGGGCUCCAGGCCGGCCCUGCGGCCCCCGGCCGUGGCCUCCAGCGUCCCCUCCCCGUACGGGCCCCCGCCCAACCGAAUGGCCAUCCCGCAGGCGUCUGCGAGGCCAGCCGCCAGCGGGGCGGGCAUCAACUUUGACAACCCUAGCGUCCUGAAGGCCCUGGAUACGCUCAUCCAAAGCGGACCCUCGAUAAACCAUCUGGUGAACCCCGGGAGCGCCCCCGCCCCUCGGCCCGGCCAGGGCAUCAGUCAGCCGCCCCCCAUGGCGCACUACGCCCGCCAUUACUGAUCACUCACACCAGCCAGCUACCAAGUCUUCAAAAUUAUUGCUUCAAAAAGGCAUAAUUAGCGAAUGCUUUUAAUGACGUUCCUGAAGUUUUUUUUUUAUUUUUUAUUUUUUUUUUUAUUUUUUCCUCCCAAAAUUCUGGCAUGUUUGACUUUUGGGCGACUGUGCAGUUGGACAUAGUUUUUGUUGUUGAAUUAGAGCCUUUGUUCAUUUUGCUUAGUAGGUUGAUGUGGUUGAUUUUGGUUAAAAGGAACCACUGCAAUAGCAUGCCAGAUGAAUGAGGAAGUGACUGUACUUUGUAACUCAUGCUGUCACUACCUGAGCUGUGAUGCUGUCCUGUCUAGUUUGUGUUAUGAAUAGACUUUGGUAGUACUGUCAGACAUGUUUUAUACAGUUACCCAUAUGAUUGUAAAUACUAGCUGAUUUCAAUGUCACUGAAAUAAACCUCUCACUAAAAUUCAAUAAA